AUGGCUAUGAAUCUCAAUUCUCUCAAAACAAGCUUGAACCUAUGGCAAGCAUACGGUACUCCUAGUAACGACUCUAUCAGUGUUACUGCAGACAAUGAAUCAUUAUGGGAAUUAAUACACCAGCAUCAAGAAUGGAUAUACUCCAAGAUAACUACUUUCAACCAAUGGGAGUUGCUCUCUGCCGCGCAAGCGACAACCAUUUACCUUCUCCUACGAGUGAAGCAGGGGAGUAAUAGCGCAGCAUUCCCAAACGGGGACAUUGCGCUCCUCUUUACGCUUGGGGCUAUCUUUAGGCAUCUCCAUAGCACCGCUUUAUUGGACAGCCGCCCACGACAGGACUGGAGACAAUGGGUGUUUUUCGAAUCCUUCAUGCGCAUUGCCUGUAUAUACUUUACUCUGAGCGCCGUAGUAUCCACGCACUUUGGAUUGCCGUGCCACAACCCCAAAGACUGGAGCUUUCACUCCUUGCCGGUGCCAGCCACAAAAGCUUCAUGGGCCGCUGCAAACGCUUCAGACUGGGCGAGUGCUUUGCCACCGGAAAAAGAACUCACGUGGAAGGAUUUGACCUCCGCAGCAUCUUUGAAUGACUCGCCUGUGGACUUGUGGAGAGAGAGCUCUGAUGAACUUGGCAUGGUUGUUAUGAUGACGAUGACCUUGAUAUCCCAGCAGCCAAACUAUUCGAUGCCGUCUCCUCCUGAGUAA